AUGGACGGCAUGGGCGGCGCCGAGCAAUGGAGCUCCCCUUCCUCGCCGUCUUCGCACCAGAAGCGCCCGGCGGGGCGCACCAAGUUCAAGGAGACGCGGCACCCGGUGUACCGCGGCGUGCGGCGCAGGGGCAGCGCCGGGCGGUGGGUGUGCGAGGUGCGCGUCCCCGGCAAGCGCGGCGAGCGGCUCUGGCUCGGGACCUACGUCACCGCCGAGGCUGCCGCGCGCGGGCACGACGCCGCCAUGCUCGCGCUGGGAGGAGGCUCCGAACUGUGCCUCAACUUCGCCGACUCCGCCCGGCUUCUCGCCGUCCCGUCCGGACUCGCCGAUCUCGCGGCCGUCCGGCGCGCAGCGCUCGCCGCCGUCGCGGACUUCCAGCGCCGGGAGGCCGCCUAUUGCGCCGAGACCAUCCCAGGCCCAGCCGACGAGGUCGACACCUCCAGCGCGCUGGAUGAACUGUUCGAGCUGCCGGCGACGGCUGUGCUGGGCAGCGACAUGUACGACUUCGAGCUGGACAUGUCCGGGGAGAUGGACCUGGGCUCGUACUACGCGGACUUCGCGGAGGGGAUGCUACUUGACCCGCCGCCGCCGCACGAAUCCACCGAGGCUUGCUGGGACGGCGGAGCUGAUUGCGCCGCGCUCUGGAGCCACUACUGAAACUGAAACACCCGACCCUGUUUUGACAGAAUAUCUCUCGAACGAACUCAACCUGCUCCCGCUCAGCAAAUUAAAAUCUGAGUAACCCAUUUGAUUAAGCUCACAAAAUCCU